GUUUUUGCAUAUUGAUGGAUUUAGAUGGUGUUCAACCUAAUUAUCCUUCUUCUUGUGUUACUUAUUCAGUUGGUGAUAUUUAUCGUACUCCAGAGGUUGUUGGAUCAUUUAGCCCUGGUGGUACCACUAAGAAAUGGAUUCCAAGUGUUCCCGAGGAGUUAAAAACCCAGUUUGGGGAUGAUUUUAAAGAUCCUGAAGAGGGUCUUAGUUUUUAUAAAGCAUAUGCAAAUGCCGCUGGGUUUACUUCUAGGAAAUCUACUACUAAAAGGAAGAAGAAUAACAAAGAUAUAAUUGCUUUUCAAUAUGGAGUUUGCAAUAAGGAAGAUUUUAGGGCAAUAAGAAAACCUAUUGCUCAACAAACAGUUUAUGAAGAAGGAAAAGUUCGUAUUACUAGGAAACGUUUAGUCACUCGUGUAGGAUGCAAUGCUCACAUAUGUAUGAGAUAUGAUGCUGGAAAGUAUGUUGUAACUCAUUUCAAAGAAGAACAUAAUCAUCCUUUAUAUACUCCAAGUUGUGCAAAAUUUCAGAAGGAUAAUAGAAAAAUGCAUAUUAUGCAUAAAAAGUUGAUUGUUGAUAAUUCAAAGGUAAAUGUUGGUCCUGUGAGGUCUUAUACUAUGAUGAAAGAAUUAGCUGGAUCACAUGAUAAUGUUGGUGCAUCUAAACAAGAUUUCAAAAAUUUUUAUAGAGAUUUGAAGGCUUUUAUUGAUGGAUCAGAUGCCCAAAUGUUUGUCGAUAAUUUUCAAAAUAAGAAAUUGCUCUAGAGUGCAUUUUUUUUUCCUAUGAUGUUGAUGAAGAAGAUAG